AUGACUCCCGUAGUUUUGUAUGACGCAGGAAACACUCAGAGGACAUCAAACUACACUGUUGUUCAGUGGCCGACAGUAUCAGAUCCAGUCCGUCCAGGAGACUCUGUGACUCUCCAGUGUUCAGUCCUCUCCGACUCUGGGAACAAGACGUGUCCAGGAGAUGACAGUGUGUUCUGGUUCAGAGCUAGAUCGAAUAAAUCUUAUCCGGACAUCAUCUACACUGAUGGAAGAAGACAUAAUGAAUGUGACAAGAGAUCUGACACUCAGAAGAGUUGUGUUUAUCGCUUCUCUAAGAACAUCAGCUCCUCUGAUGCUGGGACUUACUACUGUGCUGUGGCCACAUGUGGGGAGAUUUUAUUUGGAGAUGGAACUAAACUGGACAUUGAAGGAACCAGCGUGUGGUCACAUAAGGCCAACACAAUUAUUUUCUUGGUUAUCUCGGCCAUAAGUCUGAUUGUUAUAGCCUUCCUCAUUUACGAAAUCCAGAGAAACAACGCUGUUGUUGCCGGGCAAAAACACAGUGGUGGUCAGAAAAUUCCACAGAAUGAAGACAGAAGUAUUUAUUCUGCUGUCGUCUUCACUGUGAUGAAAACUGGAAGUGUGCGGAUAAAGGAUUCAAAAGCAGCAGAGAGACAGAGGCCCGCUGCUGUCAAGGCUUUUGGGUUGGAUUAG